AUGGCGGCAGCGCGGGAACGGAGUGGGCGCGGGAAAGGAAUGGGCACUUCUUUAUAUCCCCUUCGAACUUGGCGCCAGAACACCCGGCCGCCAAUCACAAAUCACGCCGAGCGCGCGGCCUCCCGCCCCAUGACGCCUAUUGGCUGGAAUGGAGGGCGGGAUCCGCCUCCCAUUGUAGAGGAGAAGGCGGGAGAAAGGAGCAAGGGGGGCAAAAACGCGCCAAAUCACAGCGCUGCCCACGUCCUCGCCCCUCACCACCCUCCAGCCCGGCCCUCCCUGCCCGGCUCGGGGCCGCCCCGCAGCGAGGCGGCCCUUGGCGACGGCCCCGACUCCGACUCCGGCCCCGUCUGUGUUGUGGCGGCCAUGGGCAGCGGCAGCAGCCGCCGGCGGGGCCGUGUUGGCGGCGCUCCGAGGCAGGAGGAGGCGGCGGCUCCGCUCCCAGCCGCGGAGGAACGACGGGCACCGGGGACGGAGCUGGAGGCUGCCCCGCCCGGCCCCGCCCAGCCCCAGCCGGAGGCCUCCUCUCCACGACACCCCUCAGACCCGGAGAACAACAACAUCAGCAAUGAGUGCCCAUCGCAGGGCAGUAAGCAACCCGUGGGGUGCCCGGCCAUCUUGUACCAUGGCUCAGAAGAGGAGCUGAUGGCCAGCAUCGAGCGGGAGUACGGCUGCUGAGCUCCACGCGGGGCGUAUCUGGAGCAGCAGAGCUGCCAGUGGAACAGUGCAAUGCCUGGGAUGGUGAGGAGCUGUGCAAGGAGUAAGACCAAAAAGAGCACACCUUGUGAAUCAGCAUCUCAAAGCUCCUUCUGAAAUGGCUUUUUUACUAGAUUUACUAGAGUUUUGUUGAGAUGUGGGGCUUUGAGGGAAGAAGACCUCUGACUUGUCCUGGCAGGAAGAAAAUACAGCAAGAUCACUCCAUUUAGAUCAGACUUUGGGAGCAUGCUGUGAAAUGCAGCAAGCUCGGAUGCAUUUCUGCUCCCUGGCAGAAAAAAUCACUGCAUUGUAUCCUUAGCUGGUCCAAAGUAAAACAGAAGGGCUGGGUCUCUGAAGAAAAUAAUGCUUUCUGUGCUCCCUGUGCAGCAGGGAAGUUGCAGGGUUUCUGCCUUUGUUUUACCUGUGUCUUAAUGUAUCAUGAGCAGCUGCUUCUUAUCAGAAGGAGAAAAAUCUUUCUAAUUUCUGCCUUUAGCUGAAGCUUUCAAGGCGUCAGAUGAAAUACAGAGUGUGAAAGCAAGAGGAAAUAAUACAUAAUACAUCUUAAGAUGCUGUAUUAUGACGUCUUUUGUCAUUCCAGAUAUUUGUGCAAGUAUAUGGACCUGUAUGCUACAUACCUUUCAAUAAAGGCCACAGCAGUGGUUUGAAGCAGA